CCUGCAAAGGAAUAGAAUUAAAUUCAUACUCGAAGAGCUUUUAGAUAGUUUGUCUGAUUUAAAGAAAGAAGAAAUUUCUACUCUGGAGAUACCUAUUGAAAACCUUUGCUCUGUACUUGAUCUCGGAGUGCAUCAAAUACAAUGGGAAUCAACGGAUGUACCGGACUUUAUCAAAAAGUCUAAACAGGCUGUAGAUAUUUUCAGAGGAUUCGUUAAUCGAAUCAAAAACAUAGUUCAGGAAAUCGACAAAAAUGUAAAAUCGCUUUCUACGUGUGAUUUGUUCCAAUUUAUGAAGAUUGAAGAUUCGGUGCCCCCUUGCGAGGCAUUCUUUGAAAAUGCCAGAAUGAACAUGGAAGUUAAGGUCCAAAAAAUGGUUGGCAUUUAUUCUUCGCUGGAACCUUUGCUGAAGAAACUAGAAAUGAUUUCUUGCAGAACUUCAUCUGGAAGAGCACCCCAAAUGAGAGAAUACUAUUAUGCUUGUGAAGAAAAGAUAUUAAAAUCUUUAACAAAAAUGAUGCUAUUAAAUUUGGAGUACUUCAAAGAUGAAGUAAUGGAACAAUUUUUAUAUCCAUAUGUAGAUGCAGCAUUUCAAUCCAAAGAUGAACUUAUUACAUCUUCUAUCAUAAGGAUCAAACUUAUAUUUUUGACUUUCAUGAAAAGUGCUAUGGAAAGCACAAGAAAAUUAAAAAGAUGGCUGGAUGGUACUUGCAUUGAAUCAAAACCAUUUCAUAUUACAGACAAGAAAAUCCAAAUGGAAUUCUCAUAUUACCUUGAUUUAUCUAUGCAUCCUCAAAUCAAGAAGCUUGUUUUGGUGAUUCUAAGCAACUUUUUUGCUUAUGUGGAUAAACAAAAAUCAGAAUAA